GUGAGGAUCCGCCCCCUUGCAGCUUGGUGGCCAACGCCUUCGCUUAGGGCUAGCCAGAGCUGAGCAGUUUCACUGACUACAAGGACCAGGCAUCUUAAGAGUUGCGGGGCGGUGCCCUCUCACCUUCGCUAAUUUCCGUACAGGCCUUGGCCUUAACAGGUGUUGGUGCCUGCCGUGAACGCAUUUAUACCCCGGCCUUAUCUCUCUCUGGAGACUUUGUGCCUAUGGUUGGGGACAGAGUGAGGUCGUUGCCUUGACGACGACAGCAUGCGGCCCGCGGUUCUCCUGAGUGUAAGCUUGCGGCGGGUUGAGGCCAAUCUGCCUACCUGCCUGCUUCACCUGGGACCCGUGACUGUGUCCGCAGAAGAAAUAAAGACAGCAGUGGAAUUGCUAGUUUGCUAGUCAGCAUCUUUUAGACCUGCGAAGAAGAUGCUCUUCACCUCAAUUUUGUCUCCAAGUUGAAAACCUUUGGGACUUUCCACGCGGAAAGAUUUAGAACAAACAAGAGAAAAAUUCCUAGUGGUUUUGAAUUAAAAUGGAAAAAUAUGAGAACCUAGGAUUGGUUGGAGAAGGGAGCUAUGGAAUGGUGAUGAAGUGUAGGAAUAAAGAUAGUGGAAGAAUUGUGGCCAUCAAGAAGUUCUUAGAAAGUGAUGAUGAUAAAAUGGUUAAAAAAAUUGCCAUGAGAGAAAUCAAGUUACUAAAGCAACUAAGGCAUGAAAAUCUGGUGAAUUUGUUGGAAGUAUGUAAGAAAAAAAAGCGAUGGUACCUAGUCUUUGAAUUUGUUGACCAUACGGUUCUUGAUGACUUGGAGCUCUCUCCAAAUGGACUAGACUACCAACUAGUUCAGAAGUAUUUGUUUCAGGUUAUCAGUGGGAUUGGAUUUUGUCACAGUCACAAUAUUAUACACAGAGAUAUUAAGCCAGAGAACAUAUUAGUCUCCCAGUCUGGCGUUGUCAAGCUGUGUGAUUUUGGAUUUGCACGGACACUGGCAGCUCCUGGGGAGGUGUAUACUGAUUAUGUGGCAACGCGAUGGUAUAGAGCUCCAGAGCUGUUGGUUGGUGAUGUCAAGUAUGGCAAGGCUGUUGAUGUGUGGGCCAUUGGCUGUCUGGUAACUGAAAUGCUCAUGGGGGAGCCCCUCUUUCCUGGAGAUUCUGAUAUUGAUCAGCUAUAUCAUAUUAUGGUGUGUUUAGGGAAUCUAAUUCCAAGACAUCAAGAGCUGUUUUAUAAAAAUCCUGUGUUUGCUGGAGUGAGGUUGCCUGAAAUCAAAGAAACGGUACCUCUUGAAAGACGCUAUCCCAGACUCUCUGAAGUUGUGAUUGAUUUAGCAAAGAAAUGCUUACAUAUUGACCCAGACAAAAGGCCCUUCUGUGCUGAGCUCCUGCACCAUGAUUUCUUCCAUAUGGAUGGAUUUGCUGAGAGGUUUCCUCAGGAACUGCAGUUAAAAGUACAGAAAGAUUCCAGAAACAUUUCUUUAUCUAAAAAAUCUCAAAUCAGAAAGAAGGAAAAGGAAAAGGAUGAGUCUUUGGGUGAAGAGAGAAAAACACUUGUGGUACAGGAUACCAAUGCUGAUCCCCAAACUAAGGAUUCUAAAGUAUUUAAAAUAAAAGGAUCAAAAACAGAUGGAGAAAAAGUGGAAAAAGCAAGUCGAGCUUCAAAUGCCAGCUGUCUCAAUGACAAUGGGAUGAGCCCCGUCAAAAUAGUGCCUUCAACAAGCCUCAAAGAUUGCAGCAAUGGCAGCGUGGACCAAACAAGAAAUCCAGGCAUGGCAAUUCCCCCACUCACACACAAUCUUUCUGCAACGACUCCUACUAUUACUUCUGGAAUGGGCACUAUCUCAGGAAUUCAGAGUUACAGAGUGGAUGAGAAAACCAAGAAGUAUUGUAUUCCAUUUGUUAAACCAAAUAAACAUUCUCCACCAGGAGCUUAUAAUAUUAAUGUGACCACAUUGGUUGCUAGUGAAAAGAGCCUACUUCAGGCAAAUAAGAAAAGACGGGAAUACUCAAAGACAGAUGUCCGUUUGCCUGAACUAAAUUAUAAUCAUCUCCCUGAACUAAAAGCCCUGGAAGGCAUCGCUCGGAAUUCCAGGCUAAUAAAGAAAGAGAACAAAAAUCUUUCAGAAUCUCGAAUUCCAUCUCUGGCCACAAUUGACUUGCACACCCCCAGUAUCGCAUUACAGCAGGUAUCAAAAUCUCCCCUGUCAGAUGAUUCAGAGGCUGAUUUGCCUUCCGUGGAACACCAGCAUUGAGUGUCCUGUCGAUUCUGAAUUGGAUGCUGCUAUGGUACCUGAGAUAACAUUCUUGUGCAACAGAAUUCUAGAAGCAGAGAUUCAUGGCUUUGAGCAUUGACUUCUGAACUGCCUGCAUUUUCUGAGAAAGGCCUUGCAGCAGAAGAAAAGACAUCAUUCAUGUGUUUCACAGGAAGAUUGAAUAACUGUUAUCUCCUCACCUUUCAAGUCUGUUGAUGCUAUUUCAAGAUAUAUCAAAUGAAAGAAUAGUGAUAGGGUUUUUGUUAUAUGAAUGUGUAUUUACUAUUAGUAGAUUGUGUAUUUAAAGUGAGUAAAAAAAGAGAGAGAGAGAAGCAUUUAAAAGGUUUUGUUAUUUAUGCAUUGAAUCUUGUGUGUUAUCUGUAUAAAUGUGUACAUUUAUUUGGAAGUGAGUUCAGUGGAGGUAGAUGAUCAAAACUAGGAUCAAUUGAAGAAAACAAAACAAAAAAAAGAUCAAAAAGAGAUCUUGUUUCCUUUACUCAAACUUAAUUAUAAAACAUUUAAAAAUCUUGCUUGUUUCUAUGCUUUAAGGAGAAAAGUAACUACUCUCUAUGGAUAGAAGUGUAUCUUUGGUUUCUGUGAUUAUUGUUAAUGUUUGAUCAGUGUUAUUGUGGGAAUUUGGCCUCUCUGCUGAUCUUCUAAGAACACACUAAAGCAAAUUUUGCAAAUAAACCUUUAUUUCUAAUAA